ACAAUGUCAUAUACACGUGGGUUUUUUGCAGGAACAGUCACCACUUUAUUUGCUGUUGGAGUUUAUCAGUAUGCACAAUCCCCAAAGUCUAUUCAGCAUCAGUAUGAUCAACAAGUGUCUGAUGAUGUAAAAGAGCAGAUAAAGCGAAGGAUCCUGAAAUAUGGGGUACCAAACAGAGGUGAAGAAGCAAAGGUCUUCACAAACCAUGUACUCUCUUAUGAUCAGAGUAAAAAGAUCCCUAUAUGGGUUGCUGAGUGUAUUACAAAGGAACAUGCACAAGGAAAUGCAAACAGGAAGUAUUCCAAGUUUAUGCCAGACUCUCAGAUUCUGUCCCUCUUCAGUGCCGACAACCAAGAUUACCUGGGAAGUGGGUGGUCAAGAGGUCACAUGGCUCCGGCAGGCAAUAACAAACAUGACCAGAGAGCAAUGGAUGACACAUUUUACUUGUCCAACAUUGUACCACAAGACAUGGACAAUAAUUCAGGUUUCUGGAAUCGCUUUGAAAUGUACUGCAGACACCUGACCAAGCGGUUUGACAGUGUUCAAAUCUUCAGUGGACCACUGGUUCUUCCAACAGAAACCGAUGAGAAAGGUCAAAAGCUGGUUGUUUAUCCUGUGAUUGGAAAAAAUGAGGUGGCUGUACCGACUCAUCUAUACAAAAUAAUCUUAGUGGAAACAAAUGGAACUCCUUCAGCCAUUGGCUGCUUCAUCGUACCCAAUCAGCCAAUAGAAAACAAGUAUUCCCUUACAGAGUUUCAAGUUUCACUAGAGGAAAUUCAAAGGAGAAUUGGGGUGGAGUUUUUUCCGAAACUUGACGGUACUCGACUCCAGAGCUUGUGUUCUGUGGAUUCGUGUACAUUAACAAGGCGGCAGGGAUAGAAAAUGCAAAAACACAGACCCCUGGAAAUUCCCCCUCUUUUACCAUAAAAUAAUUUGAAUAGUCAGAAAAGAUUUGCAACCUCCUCUAAGGAUGUCUUUGGGCGAGAGCAAGAAAUAUGUUCCACUUUGUUCUCAGAACAAGAACAAAAUAACCUAUGUCUUCCAAACGACUAGAACAAUCCAGAAGAACUUGUUCCUACGACAAAAAUUUUGCACCACCUUAGUUGCUGGAGCUUGGAGGACAAAUAGUGAGGCAGUUGAAAUGAGAGGAAUCUCUGGACAAAUUUGUAUUACAUAAAAUUAUGUACUAACAAAAUAUGAAUUGUAGUAAAAUUCAUAAAAUUAUUUUUUAUGCCCCCUUUCGAAGAAGAGAGGGCAUAUUGCUUUGCUACUGUCUGUCGGUCCGUCGGUCUGUCGGUCCAUUUAGUUUCCAUUCAAUUUCUUCACAACCUUUGCACAUACUAAAAUGAAAUUUGGUAUACAGGUUUAUCAGGUGAAUAUCUAGGUCAAGUUUUGUUUUGGGUAUGAUCGCACCAUUUUUGACAGAGUUAUGCCCCUUGGACUUAGAAAAAUUCCAUUUAUUUGCAGUUUCCAUUCAUUUUCUUCGCAGAGGUUGCACAUAUUGAAAUGAAAUUUGGUAUGCAGAAUUAUGAGCUGAAUAUCUAGAUCAAGGCAUGUUUUGGUUAAGAUCGCACCAUUUUUCUUAGAGUUACAUUGUAUGUUCCUUCAACUUAGAAAAAUUCCACAUAUUUGCAGUUUCCGUUCAUUUUCCUUGUAGAGGUUGCACAUUUUGAAAUGAAAUUUAGUAUACAGAUUUUUCAGCUGAAUAUCUAGAUCAAGUUAUGUUUUGGGUACGAUCGUACCCUUUUUGUUAGAGUUAUGCCUUUUUGGACUUAGAAAAUAUCCAAUUUUGGGGGAGGGGGGCAUAAGUGUUUUACAAACAUUUCUUGUUAUUGAUAAAAAUUUUCUUUCCAGAGAUUGGUUAUUCUUGGUUAUUUGUAUAUGACUGUAUAUAUAUAUAUAUA